AUGGCCCUCCUCUCCUUCUGCAGCCUGCAGCCCUACAGGGACGGCAAGGGGGCGGCCAUGCCGCCGGAGCUGGACGGAUCGGAUUACGCGGCGAUGAUCGCGCCGUGGAAACGAGAUGCUCAAGUUCUUCCUGGGCAGCUGCGGCGCAGCAGCGUGCAGGAGGGGUUGGAGGGCCGUGCCCCGGGAGGGAAUGGCGCGCAGAAGGAUGGCGACGGGGCUGCAUCGAGCAGGGGGGCGGCGUCGCCGGCCAGGGUCAAAUCCCUGUGGCAGAUCGUCGUGUCGGCGUUCGACCGGUUGGCGGGGUCGCCGGAUGCCGCCGGCACGGGGUCGGGCGCCGGCGUGGCGGGCGGGAAACGGACGUCGGCGUUGAUCGUCCCGGAGGACGGGGUGAGGGCGCCGGCGAGCUCCGCGGACAGCCUGACCGACGCGGCGGCGUCCGAGGAGGACCGCUGGCGGCGAUCGGUGGAGAUGGCUACCACUGACGGGCGGCGGCCCUCGCCGUGGCGCAUGUCGCCGGAGUGCCCAGCCGGGUGGGAGGAACUCCGGUGGCCAGAGGAAAAUGAUGCGGAACGGCUGGCAGGCGUGGCCGUGCGCGAUCGACGCGAAUCCCGCUCGCCGGAGGAGCUGCGAUCCCCGAACCUGGCCGUGAUGAGGACGGGGUGCCAUCGCGGCCAGCCGGACCCCUCGCUAGCUCAGCUCGAUCGCCACCUGCUGAGGCUGGAGGAAGAGGAGGGCUCGGAGGCGGGCAACUCGAUCGGCAGGCACAGCGCUCCGGCGGGCUGCUGCGGGGAGUGGGGCUUGGACGGGGAUGCGCAAGGGGACUGCUGGGAUGGGGCCACGUGGGAUGAGUCAGUGUCGGAGGCGGGCGGGGAGCCGCAGGGGCGCAGCCUGCUGGACGUGCUGGAGCUACGGGCGGAGCUGCGGCGCCAGGAGGUGCUGGAGAGGGUGGCGUACGAGGAGGACGUGAUGGCCGGCAUUCGCGAGGAAGUGCGCGCAAGGAAAAGCGAAUUCCAACUCCUGAAGACAGGAAUGCACACAGAGACGCCCGCAGUCGCCCGCCUACGGCGAAGGUGGGGGUCAGGGCAGAGAGCCAGACGGAGAAGGCGUGUGCAGAAGCGACAGAACGAGGAAGAAGAGCUGCUUGAUGAUAUACCAUUGACGUUCACCCCGCAGAGGGAGUUGUGGGCCGUGAUGCCGACCAUCUCGGUGUGA